AUGACGAGCGAAGCCAGCGUGCCCAGUUGCGUCUCCGUAUUUGUCCUGUUUUCCCUCGUCCACGUGUCGCUGAGUGUGGAAAUGAAAGGCUUGUACGGCAGCUUCACCUCCCCCAACUUCCCCCAGCCGUACCCUGACCACCAGCACAUGGCGUGGAACAUCACAGUCCCAGACGGCCACAGGGUCAAACUCUACUUCACCCACUUCAGCGUGGAGCCCUCCAACCAGUGUGAAUACGACUACAUCCAGGUUUUGGCGGAGGGGAACGAAACCUUGCGGUUCUGCGGAGAGGAAGCGAAGAACUAUGAAAGCAGCCCCAGGAACACCAUCAUCCUGUCAGCCGGGAACCUCAUGUCAGUGGUCUUUAGGAGCGACUACUCUAACGAGGGCCGAUUCACCGGCUUCCAAGCAUUUUACACCUCAGAAGACAUCAACGAGUGUCAGUCCAAGGUAGAUGGGGAGAGAGUGUGCGACCAUUUUUGCCACAAUUACAUCGGCGGCUAUUACUGCACGUGCAAACAGGGAUACCUUCUCCAUGACAACAAAAGAUCCUGCACAGUGCCGUGCCAAAGCCAGGUGUUGACGUCUCCGUCGGGGGUCCUGACCAGCCCGGGGUACCCGAACCCCUACCCUCCCAUGAGUCGGUGCGACCACACCAUCCGUCUUCCUGAGGGCUCCAGAAUAAUCCUGGACUUCCUGGAAGCCUUUGACAUAGAGGGACACCCAGAUGUUCCCUGUCCGUACGAUAUGUUAAAGAUCACCACAGCCGGACAGGAGUACGGACCCUUCUGUGGCUCGACGCCGCCGCCUCGCAUUGACACUGGAAGCUACCAAGUGCAUGUUGCGUUCAGAUCCGACGCUAGCGGGAAAAACAAGGGGUGGAAGCUCAAGUACACCAGCACCAACCUGAAUCCCUCACUUUAGCUUAAAUAGGAUGGCUGAUUAAGUCUCAUUUUACUUGUCUUUACUUCUUCCUUUGAAGCGAUAAUCCCACCGGCACAUCCUUUUGUAUCGUGCUUUCCUAUGCAAAUAAAAUUCAAAAGACAGUC